CUCUCAGCCUUCCAUCCAUAUCCUGCUGCUAUUCAAUUUCUUUUCUUCCCUUCGUGGCCACACUGCUCCAACCUGUUAUCCUUGCUGUCUCCUUUUCCUCACCUCAGAUAAUUCCCAGCCCAUUCCACCUCUGGGGUCUGUGUUGUCACUUGUUAUAUAAUGACUGGGGUGUAAACCCAGUGAGACUUUAGUUCUUCCCUGACUUCUCAGUUGCUUACCUAACAUAACUGACCAGACCCUUCUUGAAACACCCAAUUCUUGACAUUCCACUCCUGUUUUUUUUUUUUUUCCUAAUUAGCUGGCUGCUCCUCCGUCUUCUUAGCUUCCUUGGCUGACUGUUACUUUGCUACCAAAACUUAGUUGCUGAAAUUCCUUUGACUACUCAGAUGUCUUGAGUGAGUCAGUAUUGAUAAUAUCAUUAAUUAAACAUCUUUAAAGACAGCUUAAGUUAGGGUUUAAAUGCAGAGAAAUAGUAGUAAUAGCUAAUUUGUCUUGUAACAUUUUUUCACAAAUCCUGGCUCCUUGCGUAUUCUCAAAUAUGUGUCAUUUUAGACAAAGAAGGGACACUUGCUGCCAUCCUGAAAGAGCAUCCUGUCUAAUCACUUCAUAAUUACUUCUGAAACUCCUAAGUUAGUAUUGUGAACCACCUGAAAACAUGGGUUCUUAUCUCUGGGGGAAGACAUUGAGGUUGGAGUAGUAGGACUACAGGAAACAAAGUCUAAUACAAGGCUUUACAAGAGUGUAACAAAACUAAACUGUGAGGUUUGCAGUUCAAGAGCUAAAGGUGUGUAUUGUCGUUGAAGUAGAUGUUACUUUUCUGCCCUCUGCUUUUUUUUACCAGCACCUUGUUCUAUGUUUCAUCUGCAUCUCCUGCUCUCAGGACAAGACUUACCUAACUCAUCUUUUUCUUUUUUUUAAGAUUUAUUUUUAUUGAUUUAUUUUUGGCCGCACUGGGUCUUCAUUGAUGAAGGCGGCUUUCUCUAGUUGGAGCGAGCUGGGGCUACUCCCUGGUUGCAGUGUGCAGGCUUCUCGUUGCAGUGGUUUCUCCUGUUGCAGAGCACAGACUCUAGGGCCCAUGGGCUCAGCAGUCGUGACUCCGGGCUCUAGAGCGCAGGCUCAGUAGUCGUGACUCCGGGCUCUAGAGCGCAGGCUCAGUAGUCGCGACUCCCGGACUCCAGAGCGCAGGCUCAGUAGUUGUGCACUUGCGCUUGAUUGUCGCGUGACAUGUGGAAUCUUGGGGAUCGUCAAUCUGAUGAUGAGUUCUGGCACUGUCACUUAACCACAGGUCUUGGACUCUGAGCCUUAGUUCCUGAUCUGUUAAGGGAUAAUCAUUUUUUUGCCAGUUAUAUUGUGUCAAGAACUUGCCAAGUUGAACUUUGGUUAUGACUGUCAGUAAUUAUAUAUUGUUUGCUUUAAAGUAAGAACUUUAGUAAAUAACUUUUUAAAAUCUCAGUAUUUGUAAAUCUGAUGACGAUACGACCAAUUUAAAGCAUGAAUAUGUGUGUUAUUUUUCAUUGAGCUAAAGCAGUGCUUCUCAAAGUGCAGUUCCUAACUGCAGCAUCAGCAUCACCUGGAAAUCUGUUGAAAUACGCAUUCCCAGGUUCCGCACCAGCCCCCCUGAGUCAGCACUUUGGGCUGAGAUCUGGCAUUCUGCUUGGAUAAGCCCUCCUGAUCCUGAUGUGCAGAAAGUUUGAGAGCUCCUGAGUUAGAGAACCUCAACCUUAUACAAUACUGUUGUUUUUGCCUUUUAGGCAUAGAAUUACAUGCUUAGUGUGUUUUAUAAAAAUAUUGGGAACUAAGUUAAUGUAACUUUUUUUAGUAUGUGAAGAAAAAUGUUAUUUCCAAGUAUUUAUUAUUUUGGUCAUUUUAUACUUUAAAACUCUGAGUUGGAUAAAAUGUGGACAUAUAGUUUCACAUAAACAUCUGCAGCUUGAUAACUAAUGGGUGAUACUAGCCUGAAGUAUUUUCUAAUAUUUAAGUAUUAAAUAUUCAAUGUAUUUAAAUAUUUUUGAAAAAUUUAUUUUUUAUCAAAGCAUAGUUGAUUUACAACAUUAUAGCAGCUUGUGGCGGAGAAGGCAAUGGCACUCCACUCCAGUACUCUUGCUUGGGAAAUCCCAUGGACAGAAGGGCCUGGUAGGCUGCAGUCCAUGAGGUGGCUAAGAGUCCGACACAACUGAGCGACUUCACUUUCACUUUUCACUUUCAUUCAUUGGAGAAGGAAAUGGCAACCCACUCCAGUGUUCUUGCCUGGGGAAUCCCAGGGAUGGAGGAGCCUGGUGGGCUGCCGUCUAUGGGGUCGCACAGAGUCAGACACAACUGAAGUGAGUGAGCAGCAGCAGCUUGUGGAAAAACCCAAAUGAACUUUGCAGCCUACCCAACAUAUUAGUUUCAGGUGUACAAAAUAGUGAUUCAAUAUUGUUAUAGGUUACAUAUUCUACUUAAAGUUAUUACAAAAUAAUGGCUAUUAUUUCCCUGUACUGUAAAAUCCUGAAAUGCUUUUAAAGUAAAAAAUACAUAAUUAUUUGCAUAUAUUUCAGGCUGCAAAUAAUUAGCUCAUAUGAUUGUGUAAUAAUUCAGUCUUUACCCUGUUGGCUCUUUGUUAUAUAAACAAUGCUAUGGUAAACAUCUUGCACAUAAUCUUUAUAUAUGCACAUGCUUUUUAUUUCUGUCAAUGUUGAGUUCUAUAAGCAAUACUGCUAGAUCAAAGGCAGCAUGCAGUUUUAUGUUUGUUGCUGACAGAUUGCUUCCCAAAAAGACUGUAGCAGUUUAUACUUUCAUCAGCCACACACAAAAGUGCCUGUUUGUUCCUGCUCUAGUCAACUCUGUAUUUUACAUGUGAGGGGCUUUUUGUUUAGGUAGUUAUUUAAUGCUUUUUAUUGGUUUAUUUCUUUUGCCAAGCUAAUAGGUAACAGUGGAGCAUCUUUUCAUGUAUUUAUAAACCAUCUGCAUUUCUCCAUACUGUGAAAUGUCUUAUCAUAUCUUUUGCCCAUUUUUCUAGAGGUAAAUAUAAUGCACAUUUUGAAGACUUUUAAUGAUCCACAUUGUCCACUUUUCCUACAAAGUACUUAUACCAGUUUUCACAUUUUGUUUUGGAUCUAAUAUGAUCCUUUUCAUGAAUUCCACCUUGCUAACUUGUGGAAACUCUAGAUUUUGUUAUCUAGUCACUAAGGCAUGUCCGACUCUCUUGCAACUCCAUGGACUGUAGCUCACCAGGCUCCUCUGUCCAUGGGAUUUCCCAGGCAAGAAUACUGGAGUGAGUUGCCAUUUCCUUCUCCACGGGAUCUUCCCAACUCAGGGAUCAAACCCAUGUCUCUUGUGUCUUCUACGUUGGCAGGUGGAUUCUUUACUACUGAGCCACCAGGGAAAAUCUAGAUGUUAUAGUUAAUAACACUAGUCUUUUAUGGUUUAAGCAAUCUCAUCAGUUUAAGGAUUUUUUUUUUUUUUUUUGGCUGCACCAGAUCUUAGAUGCAGCAUGCGGGAUCUUAUCCUAUCAUCAGGGAUCAACCUCAGUCCCCCUGCAUUGGGAGUGUGGAGUCUUAACCACUGGGCCACCAGGGAAGUCCCUCUCAUCAGUUUAAAAUGGUAUUCAGACCAUUCAAACCAGCACCCUGUGAAAGCUGGUUGAAUAGUCUCUAGAAUGGCAACAUACUUGCUUAACAUUGAAAUCUGUGCAAGAAAGAAAAAAUUUAAUAUAUUCCUUGCCAACAAGUGGUGGAAAAACCCUCGUGGCUGAGAUUUUAAUGCUACAAGAACUACUAUGCCGACGAAAAGAUGUUUUAAUGAUCCUACCAUAUGUAGCAAUUGUUCAAGAAAAGAUUUCAGGUUUGUCAAGUUUUGGUAUAGAACUGGGUUUCUUUGUUGAGGAGUAUGCUGGAAGCAAAGGAAAAUUUCCUCCAAUUAAAAGAAGGGAAAAGAAAUCAUUAUAUAUUGCCACUAUUGAAAAAGGACAUAGUCUGGUGAACUCCUUGAUUGAAACUGGAAGAAUUAGCAGUCUGGGUCUGGUUGUUGUAGAUGAGUUGCACAUGAUUGGUGAAGGAAGCCGUGGGGCUAUACUGGAAAUGACUCUGGCAAAAAUCCUCUACACGAGCAAAACUACUCAAAUUAUUGGUAUGAGUGCAACGUUAAACAAUGUUGAAGACCUGCAAGAGUUCCUGCAAGCAGAAUAUUACACCAGUCAGUUUAGACCAGUUGAAUUAAAAGAAUACCUGAAAAUAAAUGACACAAUAUAUGAAGUUGACAGCAGAGCUGAGAAUGGCAUGACUUUUUCACGCCUCCUUAAUUAUAAGUAUUCCGAUACUCUGAAAAAGAUGGAUCCUGAUCAAUUGGUAGCACUGGUGACAGAAGUUAUUCCCAAUUAUUCCUGCUUAGUUUUUUGUCCCACUAAGAAGAACUGUGAAAACGUAGCAGAAAUGAUAUGCAAAAGUUUAAGCAAGGAAUAUCUGAAGCACAAAGAGAAAGAAAAACAGGAGUUGAUUAAGAACUUGAAGAAUGUCAGCGGUGGCAACCUGUGUCGUGUGUUAAAGCACACCAUCCCAUUCGGAGUUGCUUAUCACCACAGUGGCUUAACCAGCAACGAAAGGAAGCUCUUGGAGGAGGCCUACUCCACAGGGGUCCUCUGCCUCUUCACCUGCACAUCCACCCUCGCGGCAGGCAUUAACCUGCCUGCGAGAAGAGUUAUAUUAAGAGCCCCCUAUGUUGCUAAGGAAUUUUUAAAGAAGAAUCAGUAUAAACAGAUGAUUGGCAGAGCUGGCCGUGCUGGAAUAGAUUCUGUCGGGGAGAGUAUCCUUAUAUUGCAAGAAAAAGACAAGCAACAGGUAUUGGAGUUAAUAAGCAGACCACUGGAAAACUGCUAUAGCCAUCUUGUUCAGGAAUUCACCAAGGGAAUCCAAGCUUUGUUUCUUUCUUUGAUUGGUUUGAAGAUUGCAACAAAUCUGGAUGACAUAUAUCGUUUUAUGAGUGGUACGUUUUUUGGUGUUCAGCAAAAGGUUUUGUUGAAAGAAAAAAGUCUCUGGGAAAUAACUAUGGAAUCGCUUAGAUACUUGACAGAAAAAGGACUUCUACAAAAAGAUACUAUUUAUGGCUCUGAAGAAGAGUUCCAAAAUAAUUUUCAUAUCACAAAGUUGGGACGAGCUUCUUUUAAGGGAACAAUAGAUUUGGCUUAUUGUGACAUUCUUUACAGAGACUUGAAGAAAGGUCUUGAGGGACUUAUGCUGGAAAGCCUUCUUCAUCUAAUCUACUUAACAACUCCCUAUGAUAUGGCUUCUCAGUGUGACCCUGAUUGGAUGAUAUACUUCAGGCAGUUUAACCAACUCAGUCCAGCAGAACAAAAUGUCACUGCUCUGGUUGGAGUCUCUGAGAACUAUAUUGGGAAGAAAGCAUCAGGUCAAGCUAUUAGGAAGAAGGUGGACAAGAACAUUGUCAACAGACUGUACCUGUCUUUCAUUCUUUAUACUUUGCUCAAAGAGACCAACAUUUGGAGCGUGUCUGAAAAGUUUAACAUGCCUCGAGGAUAUAUACAAAGCCUUCUCUCUGGAGCUGCGGCAUUCUCCUCCUGUGUGUUACAUUUCUGUGAGGAGCUUGAGGAGUUCUGGGCUUACAGGGCCCUGUUGGGAGAACUCACCAAGAAGCUGACCUACUGUGUCAAGGCAGAGCUAGUCCCGCUCAUGGAAGUGACUGGGGUUUUAGAGGGUCGAGCAAGACAGUUAUACAAUGCAGGUUAUAAAAGUCUAACGCACUUGGCUAAUGCAAAUCCUGAAGUGCUGAUAAGGACAAUUGAUCAUUUAUCAAGACGCCAGGCCAAGCAAAUUGUUUCAUCAGCCAAGAUGCUGUUGCAUGAGAAAGCAGAGGCUUUGCAAGAAGAAGUAGAAGAAUUAUUGAGAUUGCCUUCUGAUUUCCCUGGUAUUGUGGCCUCUUCCACUGAAAAGGCAUGAAGCUAUCUGAUGAGCAUUUUUAAGUAUGAAUUAUUUAUUGUACAUGCAUUUUAUUAAACCUCUCCUAUAAGUUAUAAAUGAAAAAAUAUAUAUUUUAACUAUAUAUAAAGAACUGUGGCUGAUGUUUGAAUGGUCCUCUCAUCCAUACUUACAUAAAUAAUUAUGCAUUAUUUCUCUGAUCCAAAGUCUGGUGUCCACCACAAAAUGAAAUCCAAGUUUCCCAGCGUAUCCCCAGCCUACCUUUACAACCAGACCUUUCAUUAUCCCUCUUACCCAUUUCUUUCAUCAAACUGGACUAUUUGCAAUCCCAGAAUUUUCCUUGGGAUUCACAAACCCACUAUUUCCUAUCUGCCUUAUGCUAUUCCCAGUGAAUGGAAAAUUAUCUUUGAAAUGUAUUAUAUGCUUUAUUUCAACUAAAAAUGCUCAAAUACUGUCUCCUCUAUGAAACUGUCCAAGUUCAGCCUUAUCGCCACCCCAUCCGUGGGUUCUUUCCCUCCUCUAAUUUUUGUGAGCCCCUCACUCAUGUCCAGGUCUAUAUUAAUGCUGCUAGUCUGAAAUCCCCUGGAGGGCCAAGACCUGUGUUAUGGUCUUUGCAUGCCACAUCGCACCUACACAGUUUGCUGCACAAAGUAAGGACCUCUGUGAAAAAUGAGUUCUUACUCAAAUUGAUAAUUUAAAGAUUCUCUUUAACACAACUUAAAUAUUGCCUCUCUCCCUUCCCUUUUCUGAUUCUUAGCUCAAAUGUAGAUGACUGGUUAAACUGGGAAAAGAGUAAUAACUAUUACUGUUUAUAAGUACUGAACUGGUUUAAUUAAAGCUUUCCUCGUGUGUCUGAGAGACAUCCAUUGGCAACUUUGCAGAUAGAGCCACAGUCUAAAUUCUUUGUGCCUCAACAUUUUAGCUCAUUGUAAUAUGGGCACACCUCAAAGAUGGUACGGGUUCAGUUCCAGACCACCACAAAAAAGUGAUUGUUGCAAUAAAGCAAGUCAUAUGAAUUUUUUGGCUUCCCAAUGCAUAUAAAGUUAUGUUUACACUAUACCAGAAUCUAUUGUGUGCAAUAGCAUUGUGCCUAAAAGAAAACAACAUAUAUCUUAAUAAAAAAUAUUGUUGAAAGAUU